AUGUCCCAUUGCAUUCUUUUAAUGAUGUCAAAAAUAGAUCAAAUUAUAAAUUUAAAAAUUAAAAUAACUACAGUAUUAGAUCAAAUAAUCAUUGGUAAAAUUUUUACUUAUUCCUCAUCAAAUGAAAUUAUUAUAUUACAACUUGGUGAUCCAAAGAAUGAAAUUUAUAAAAUUAUAAAUACAGCAUCUAUUAAAAAUAUAGUUGUUGAAAAACCGUUUCCUAAAAAACUAUCAAAACGAAAUAAUAAUAAAGAGAAUUAUAAUAUUGAAGAUCAAGAUGUGAUAGAGCCUGUAAAUAUUAACGAAUUGAUUUCAAGAUUGAAUAAAUCAAUUAAUAAUUAUAUACCAGAACCGAUAAAUUAUGAAGAAAACAAAGACAAUAAACCAACUACUAAUCAACCUACAAAAGAAACUGCUAUCAAAGAAACAAAUAAAGAAAAAGCAAAAGAACUAAGUAAAGAAAAAGAAUCAAUCAAAGAAUCAACAUCAACCUCAUCCCACAAAAAAACAUCACGUAAAGAUUCAAAGGAUUCUAAGGAUUCAAAAGAUUCAACCACCACCACCACCACCAACAACAACAACAAUAAUAAUAGCAACAAUAAUAAUAAUAACAACAAUAACAAUAAUAAUAACAACAACAAUAAUAACAACAACAGCAAUAAUAAUAAAUCAAAUAAAAAGAAAUCAAACGUAUCUGAUCAAUUAUAUGAAAAACUUAAGAAAUUAUUAGGUGAGAAGAAUAUUAAAUGGUCAAAUCGAAAACAUAAUGAAAUUAUAUUAUUUGAAGAAAUUAAAUUAAUUAAACCAUUUACAAACACGCCAAAAAACAUUCAGUUAAUAAAUAAAGAAUCAAACAGAUUAGAAUCAAUAACAAGAGCAUUAAAACAAUCAUGGUUAGAAAUUGAUAAUGAAAAAAGAGGUGGUUAA